AUGAAGAACACACAGUGGCUUUACCUUUGUGGGCUGGUUGUUGCAGCUUUUCUCCCCGUUAGCUGGCAAAUGGUCCUGAAAGAUUCGACCGAUGAGUCCAGGUGGCAGUCUUAUGAAACAGAAAGUGCCCAUAGCUUUACAUCUAAUGUCAAAAGACAUUCUGAAGGCACCUUUACCAGUGAUUUUACUCAAUAUUUGGACAAAAUGAAGGCCAAGGAUUUUGUACACUGGCUCAUCAAUGCCAAACAGUACAGCUAUAAAAAGAGGUUCAUUAAGGAAAGUUACCCACCUGGCUUUCUCUCAUUCAGUUGGUGA